AACAUCGAUAAACUUAAAUACAAAUUUAAUGAAAAACACAGUAAAAACUUGACAACGACAUCUAUUUUGACUCAUCAUAGUCAACACAGUAAGCUGUUAUGGGAAAAGCAGCGCAUGACUCAGUGCGCAUGCGCCUUUCAUUUUUUUCCGAUUUCUUAAUAUUUAAUAUCAAUGGCUGCCGUUAGAUUUCUAAAGCAUCUCUUUAAUCAAGAAGGAAACUUACAACACAUUCGCUGAGCGUCAAGGUGAACACCAGUCUGUUUUAAUUAAAUUUUGACGACUUCGCAUCGAAGCUUAUCAAAUCAAUUGUAUCUCCAAAAUGGGCUGUAAAUUUCACAUUUAACCCUUUGCGCUCAGCUGUCGACAUUAAAGCGAGAUGAUGCGUCAGGUGUCCGGUGGCAGUGCUGACUACUGCAUUAGUGGCAGGCCUUCGUGUUUAGCAGAGGAUGGACGACUCUCUGUCGAUCACUUUGAUCUGGGCUCCACAAAGUUUUAUCCGUCUUUAGCUCCCCAGCGCUCGCGACAGAUGUGUCUCGCUUACCUUACCCCACCGGCCCAAAUCAGCCCUAAACCCACAACGUGCCAUGUAGAGUUGCCGCAGUCCCAAGGCCUCACAGGUCUUCAGGGAAAUGAGAAAACCGGUGACUCUAAGAAAAAGGGCGUGGCCGGGAGGUCUGGAAGACGUGGGCGACCAACAGGUACUACUAAAUCAGCUGGUUAUAGAACCAGCACAGGCAGGCCUUUGGGCACCACUAAGGCCGCUGGAUUUAAAACCAGCCCGGGGCGGCCGUUGGGCACAACCAAAGCCGCUGGUUAUAAGGUGAGCCCUGGUCGCCCACCUGGCAGCAUAAAGAGCCAAUCACGUCUUGGCAAACUGGGCUACAGUACCUGCAGUGGAGCUGCGUUCCCCUACAACAUAAUGCACAAACCUGAAGCAUGUGAACCUGCGCUGAAAGAUAAAGAAACUAAAGAAACACCAAAAAUGUCAUUACAAGCACCCCGGUUCCUCCUCAGUGGCUUCCCCGUGCGAAACCAAAAAACAUCGCCGUCAAUCAGCAGUGUGACGACAGAGGCUUUUUCUCGAGCAGCCCCGUGUCCGCCUGACAGUCAGUCCAGAAUCUCACUGACAUUACCACUCCACAGUGUUCUACCAUCAUAUUCAUGAAGAGAAAGAACAAUACUUGACUAUGAUUAUAAAUUGAAUUUCUUUCAAACAGGUUAUUACUUUCAUAUCAGUUCAUUUAAAGGAUUAGUUCACCACAAAAUGACAAUGUGUCGGUCUAAACCACCAACCAACCUUUGAUUGUCUUCAAAACACAUAGAUAUUUUUGAUGAAAACCGGGAGGCUUGUGACGGUCCCAUGGACUGCUGUUUGAUUUUCACAAUCAAGACCACUUUUGUGCGCAAAGAAAACAAAACAAACAAUUUUAUACAACAAUUUGUUUUCCUUUGUAGUUCAGUGCGCGUUCACGAGCAGACUAUGGUGCAUGCUGACAUAGUUUCCAGUGUUCAGGCAAAGAAUACACAGGCAAGUAAUUUGUGCAUUCUGUGUAAGUAUUGUUUAUGUUUGCAUGAUAGCUUAAAUAAAAAGGGCCGGAAAACGUUGGCAACUACGUCAGCAGGUCACAUCACCACAUCACAAUGCAUGACCCAGUCUGCUCGUAAACGCACACUGAACUACCAAGGAGAACAAAUUGUUGAAUAAAAUCAUUUGUUUUGUUUUCUUUGCUCACAAAAGUGUUGUCGUCGCUUCAUAAUAUUAUUAUUGAACUACUGGUGGCACAUGGACCUUUUUUGGUGAUGUCUUACAUUCUUUUCUUUUCAUCAAGAAUAUCUAAAAAUGUGUUUUGAAGACAGUCAGAGAACUUGGUGGUUUAGACCGGUUGAUUUAUGAUAUCACUUUAGGGUGAACUAACCCUUUAAAAUUGAUGGGAUGGAACGCUUGCUUUUUUAACUCUCUCCUCCCUUAAAUGUAAAUACUAUUACUUGGCAGCCUGUAUUCAAUUUCAAUGUCCAUUGCAUGCCAUGUUGGAAGAAAGUGUAAUGUUAUUAAGGUUAAUUGACAGAGUUACUCAAUAAUGAAGAUGUUAAGAACGUUGGAUUCGUUCUUUCCCUAUUCAAACACUCAAAAUGAUUUCUUAUAAAUGUGGUUUUAAAAAUCUGAAAGUUUUCCUCAGAUAUACUUUGGCAAGAAGACACACGCUUUCUUUAAUAACAUAUGUUAACCAUUAGAAAUCUUGUAAUAUUAUUUAAUUGUGUAUUGCUAAAAUGAUUUGAAUGUGUGGACGUCAUGCUCUUUGCAUUUUGUUACCUAGUGAAGUAAAAAAUUUGUUGUUGUUUCAAUGUUACAGUGCUUCAUCUAAGUCAGUGCCUGUACAUAACUGCAUUCAUAACAGAUUUUGUUAAAUACUUGUUAAACAUAUUUAGUGACAUGCAAUGGCUUUUUUUGUUCUUUAUUUCUCCUUUACUUUGGAAAACAGUUAGUUUACAAUUAGUUGCAAGCCGGCUUGAGAAUUGCAUACAAUUUUUUUUUUAAAUGACUCCCUCAUUUUGCAUGUGUGCAGGCUUUUCACCUUU